AUGAAAAACGGUAAUGAUGCUCAGCCAAAACAGAAAAAGAUCGUUUACAUCAACAAAUUCGAUUUCCCAGAGGAUCCUUCUAAGAAAAUCUUUCUACCUAAGAAACAGAGCCAAUUAUUAUCUCUCGCUACAGAUGCAUUAGAUUUACCAAGAGAUGCUCAACAAGUUUUUGAUACUGAUGGAAAUGUUAUUACAAACAUUGACGAUAUUCAACCAAAACAAAAGCUAUUAAUAUCUUGUACAAAACCUUUACCUGAUCCAGAGUUAGAACCAAAAUACAAGUCUAGACAGCCUACUGGACGAUCAAUACGCCCAGUCAUUAUACCAAAGCAACCAGAUGUUAUACCACCACGCGACGACGCAGAAAUUCAACAAUCUUUAGCUUUUCGGAACAUUUCUGUUAAAGAAGGAAUUAGGAAUUCAUUAGUAUCACUAUACAAUAACUUAUCUCCUCAGCAUAAAGCUCAGCUCGAAAGUUCCGAGGCAUUAAAACAAUUAAACGAACAAAACGCGAAAUAUUUGUUUGAUACAUAUCUGUCUAAGCAUUUUAUUUGCCCUACAUUACAAUUAGAUGAUAAUGAUAUCGGAAAAAUGACUUGGGAAUAUGCUUUGAAUGUAUUAAAAGGAAAAAGGCCGGAAGAUAUAAAUAUAACUGUUACAGGACCUAUAAGAUCAGGAAAGACAACUCUUGUCUCAAUGCUUGCUUCUCUUACCAUAGAAAAGUUAAUAAUUUCAAAUGAAAUCCAGAAUAUCCUUCCUAUCAUUGUUAAUUGGUCGAAUUAUCAACCAUAUUCUGGUGAUAUCCAUAAAUUGUUUGAUAUUCUUUGCGAUGCAACUUUUGAGGCUUUAAAUGCAACAAAACCACAAUUCAAACCAGUUUUGGAUCAAAUCAAGCAAUGGAUAACAAAAGCACAAUCAGAAUCUGUAUUUCCUGCCUUCCCACCAAUACUCCAACAAUACAAAGAUCUUCCAUUUAAUCAUAUUACCGUUGUUGGAACAAGAUUAUCGAACCAUUAUAACAAUUACAAGUCAAAUCCAAGAGGUUACAUACAAGAAGUUGCUAAUUUCCCUGCAAACUUAGCUCAGGCGUUCGGAUAUAACAGAAUUUUAUAUAUUUAUGAUAAUUUCGAUACAACGGCCUUCGCUUUUGCAAACAAUACAGAAGGAAAAGUCAAAACCAAGUCAUCUGUCAUUCUUUCCGAAAUUUUAGCAGAUUCAAUCAAAGGAAACUCAUAUAUUCUCGCUUCUGAGAAUGAUAGAGAGUUCUACAAGGUAUUCAAUACUGAUGCAUCAACAGUUAUAUUAAGCGAAAGGAUUAUUAAAGGCAAAGAUGAACCAGAUAUUUGUAUUGAAGAUCCAACAAUCAGAAUAACUUAUGAAGACUGCCGCGGAUGUCCAGCAUUUUGCGCAUUGUAUAAGGAUAUAUGCCAGUUAAUCCAAAAUUACCUUGAUAAGAAGGUUAUUAAACUUUCAAUUUCGAAAGUUGUAUCAGCUGACUAUUCCAGGAAAUGCCUUAUUAAGGCAUCUUUACGCAAGCUUAUGGAGCUGCUUUACCAUGAUUCGGCUGAUUUGUUUUAUCCAUUCAAACCUGAAGAUAUUGAGAGAGUUUCACGGGCUGAAAAUCUCAAUGUAUUUUUAAAGUGA